AUGAACGCGUGCGCGAAGAGCGGCGAGUGGCAGCAGGCGCUGGCGGUGCUGAGCGAGCUGCAGCGGGUCGGGCUGCGGCCGACGGUGGUCAGCGUCAACACCGCGAUAAGCGCGUGCGAGAGGGCCGAGCAGUGGCAGCAGGCGCUGUCGUUGCUGCGGGCUAUGUUGCAAGAGGGCUUGCGGCUGAAUACAAUCAGCUACAACGCUGCAAUUAGCGCAUGUGAGAAAGGCGACCAGUGGGAGAAUGCUUUAAAGUUGGUAGGCGAGUUCUGGAACGAAGCGCUCGAACCCGAUAUGAUAAGUUAUAGCGCCGCCAUCAGCGCUUGCGGGAAAGGAGGGCAAUGGCAACAUGCGCUAUCAUUUUUCCACCGGAUCAGCGAAGCGACAUUCACCCCAGACAUCAUCGCCUACAGUGCUGCCAUGAGUGCUUGCGACGCAGAUGGGGGUUGGCAGCAGGCGUUGUUAUUGUUCGGGUCCCUUCGGGAAGCGAUGCUUCAGCCGGGCAUCAUUUCCUACAACAUUGCCAUCAGCGCUCUUGAUAAGGGGGCCCAGUGGGAGCAGGCUAUGUCAUUGCUCCAGCAGCUCUGGCAAGCGAAGAUGAAGCGGGACGCCGUCGGUUACUGUGCCGCGAUCAGCGCCUGCGCGAAGGGGGAGCAGUGGCAGCGCGCGCUGCUGCUGUUCAGUAGUCUACGGGGUGCGCGGCUCGAACAGGGCGUCAUCCCUUACAGUGCUGCGAUGAGCGCGUGCGGACAGGGAGGCCAGUGGCAGCGGGCGCUGUCGUUGCUCGAUGCACUCUGCAAGGCAAGGCUGGAGCCGAACACCGUCAGCUAUUCUGCUGUGAUCAGCGCGUGCGGGAAGUCUGACCAUUGGCAGCGGGCCGCCGCGCUGCUUCACUCGAUGUGGCCGAAGAGAGUUCAGAUGAACACCAUCUGUUACAACGCUGCCAUCAGCGCAUGCGAAAAGGUCGGGCUCUGGACGCAUGCGCUGUCGCUGCUCAACCAGCAGCGGGCAUCUAGGCUCGCCGCCAACACCAUCAGCUUCAACGCUGCCAUCAGCGCGUGCCAGAAGAGUGAGCAGUGGGAGCGGGCGCUCGAUCUGCUGAGGGAGAUGCGGCAGCGAAGGCCUCGGCCAGACAUCGUCAGCUACAGUGCCACAAUCAGCGCCUUCAGGGGCCCGUGGCAGCACGCGAUGCUGCUGCUGAGAGAGCUGCAGGAGUCGGCGCUGGAGUGGAGUGUGAUCAGCUGCACCGCGGCACUCGGGGCGUGCGAGAAGGGCGGGCAGUGGCAGCAGGCGCUGUACCUGCUCCGUGAGAUGAGGCGGUCCGCGGUAGAACCAAACACGGUCAGCCACAAUGUUGCUAUUCGAGCGUGUGAGAGGGAGGGGGAGUGGCAGCAAGCUACGAUGCUGCUCACCAUAAUGCGCCGUGCACGCAUUGAGAUAUCGGCGAUCAGUUACACCCAGCUGAUCGGCGUGUGCGACAGGGGGCGUCAAUAUCGGAAGGCCGUGUCUCUGCUCAGCGAGAUCCGGGACGCCAAGCUCGAACGGGACUGCAUCAGCUACACUGCUGCCAUCAGCGCGUGUGAGCAGUCCGAGAGUACCUGA